AUGGUAUCGAGCCCUUUAUUGGCUUUGCCCGGCUCUCGCCGUCCAAUCCCUCAAGUAGGGUUUGGGCUGUGGAAAGUCGCCCCUGAGGCAGCCGCCGAGCUAGUUUAUGAAGCGGUGAAAUCCGGUUAUAGGUUAUUUGACGGAGCAUACGACUAUGGAAAUGAGAGGGAGGCUGGGGAAGGCAUCAGACGUGCGAUCAAUGAAGGCAUUGUGAAGCGCGAGGAUAUCUUCGUAACGACGAAACUAUGGAACACGUGCCACGAGAAGCAAUGUGCGAUUUCGACUGCCAAACGACAGGUCGAGGACUGGGGUCUUGGGUACAUCGACCUGUACUUGAUUCACUUCCCUGUGGCCUUGGAAUACAACCCUGAAUUCACCCGAGGGUGGUACUAUGAUGGAAUCUCAGAUGUCCGGCUAGCUCCCGUCCCCAUCCGUGAGACAUGGGAAGCGCUAGAAGAAAUACAUUCAUCAGGACUGGUCAAGGACAUUGGCCUAUCAAACUUCAACUCUCAAGCUAUUCUUGAUAUCUUCACGUAUGCCAAAGUCAAGCCCUCGAUGUUACAGAUUGAGCACCACCCAUAUCUGGUGCAGAAGAACUUGGUGGACUUUUGCAAAGAUCAAGGGAUGCUUGUGACUGGGUAUUCCUCGUUCGGACCACAGUCAUUCCUGGAACUUCCACCAUCCUUUCCCACCAAGGCUGCCUCCACGCUUUCCCUUUUUGAGCAGCCUCUGAUCACUCAGCUCUCAAAGAAGUACAGCAAGUCGAAGGCUCAGAUUCUGCUCCGGUGGGCCACGCAACGUGGCAUCUGCGUCAUCCCAAAGAGUAAUCGCAAGGAGAGGAUGGUUGAGAAUCUUGACGUCACAGGCUUCGACUUGGAGCAGGGGGAAGUUGAUGAAAUUGCUGAGCUAGAUAUGGGGCUUCACUUUAAUGACCCCGGAGUCUAUCUUCCAGGCCGUCCCCUUCGCCUCUUUACCUAA